CAAGAUUCUAUUAAACGAAACAAUAUUCAGUUCAUCUCGUGAUGGCUAUGUUAAUGCCACUGGUAUACUAGCGCCUAACACCACGAAUACUAUUUCUGUAUUUCUAGGUUGUGAACUUCUAGGUUCUUACUAUUUUAAUUUUUAAAGAUUAAAGUAAAUUUGAGAUUGCUGAAAAACUACAGCCCUGAAUAUGUCAUCUGUAAAGAAAUAUGGAUUGAUAAUACCGAGUUCCAAGAAAAAACUUCAAGCAAAGAAAAUUGCUGUCAAUCGAGCAUCAGUAUUUGGUGAUGAUUCUUCGAGUGAUGAAGAUGCUCAUAAGGAAGUAAAUGCUCAAAUUCAUAAAGCAUCAUUGAAGAAAAUAAUGCAAAAACAGACCCAAAAUGAAAUCCAAAAGGCUCUUGAACAAGAUUCAACAGUCUAUGAAUACGAUAGUAUUUAUGAUGAUAUAAAAGAAAAAAACAAGAAGAUAAUUCCUGCUCAUGUAGCAAAAGCAGAUAAAGCACGAAAGCCGAAGUACAUUUCAAAUUUACUGAAAACGGCUGAAAAACGUGUAAAAGAAAGAGAGAGAAGAGAGGAAAGGAAAAUACAGAAGGAGAGAGAAAAUGAAGGUGAUGAAUUUGAAGACAAAGAAGAAUUUGUCACUUCUGCAUAUAAAUUGAAAAUGCAGGAAAGACAAAAAGAAAUAGAAGAAGAGAAAAGAAUGGACGCCAUAGAAGAGGCUCUUGAUGUCAGGAAACAGAAAGAUUUGUCUGGAUUUUACAGAAAUUUUCUCAACCGCCAAAUGGGAGAACAAAAAGAAGAAAGAACAUCUGACGAAGAAAAUGAAAAAGCUAAAUCAAAUACUGAAGAACAAAAUGAAGAUGAAGAUACUGAUCUUUCCUUCUCUUCAGACGAAGAAGAAAGUGAAGAGGAAAAGGAUAAAGUGGAAACUAAGAAAUCAAAAAAUGAGAAUUCAUCUUCAUCAGAUAAUGAAAAAUCUCUGAACAGAAAAAAAUCUUCGAGUGAAAGUUCUAGUUCCAGUGAUGAUGAGUCUUAUGGGAAUAAUCAUAAAGGCCGAUGUAACGAUCGCCAUUCUAAUCGUGAACGAUAUGAGAAGUCAAGUAAACGAGACCGGUAUACGAGUUCCCACGAAAGAGACAGACACUAUAAGGAUCGCCAUAGAUCGUCGGACAGAAACGACUAUCACAGACGUUCAGAUAGGGAUAGGCGAUCGAGAGAACCAGACUCGAGAAAAAGAGAUCGUGAUCAUUCGAGGGAGAGAAAUAAGCGACAUCAAUCAGCAGAACGUACUAAGCACAAACGUUCAAAAUCACCAGUUCACAAGAAAAGGCAUAGGUCAAGGAGUAGAACUCCAACCAAACGUGAAAAAGACUCUAAAAAUGAUAUUGAAAGUGAAUCAAAGUCUAAAAGUCCUGAUAAGGAUCCAGACGUUGGUCCGAAACCGGCACAAGAGGACAAAAAAGACUCGUUUUCAAAAAGAACUGAUAAGGAUAAAGCAUUAUCAGCCCGGGAACGUUACUUAGCUCGUAAAGCAGCAGAAAAGGCAAAACCUAUUGCUGAGCCGGAUUCCGAUUAAAUUUUUUUUUAUGUUAAGUGAUUUUUGAUUACAACUUUAUACCACCGAAAAAUAUUCGUGUAUUUUUGACGCCAUUGCCGCAUUACAAGGAGUAUGCAAGAAAAACGUUCAUAUUGAAAACUUUCAGGGCAAGACCGUGAUUUCCCGUUUGAGAAAAGAUACCAAUCUUCACACACAUCGUAAGCUAGUGGCUGAUUAAAUGAUAAUUUUGUCAGUGUCGAGAUUCAUAACCUACAAUAUCGACACCCAUCGCUGCGUUGUGUAGUACCAUUGAGGCCUCAGCUGAGAAACAAACAUGUCUAUUAAUUUGGAAUACCUACAGGAUAAAUUUUAUUAAAUAAUAAUUAUGAACUAAGGAAUGAAUAAAAGUAUAAAAAAAAUACAUUAAAUUGAUGCAACAAA